CAUAAGGCCACCGAAUAUAAUUUAGGUGAAAACCGUGAAAUUGCCAUGAGUUUUCGAAGAUGUUUAUCAUACUCUUUAUUCGCAAGUCAAUCUUGUAAAUAUAGUUCUCUCCUGAAUGUGUGUCAGAAAAAUAUUAAUGGCUUCUAUUUUCGCACAUUUGCUGCUCAAGCACAAGAAAAGAGGAAAAAGCCACUGACAUUUUAUGAAAGUUUAGGAGUGUUACCCACUGCAACUCAAAGCGAAAUCAAGAAUGCUUAUUAUGAAUUGGCAUUGAGAUAUCACCCCGAUACCAAUAACGAUACACAGGCUGAGGACAUUUUUAGAGGUAAUUUAACAAAUUAUCAAUUUUAAACUACUAUAAUAAAAUUAUUACAAUAUUUACAUCUCUGGCUACUGUACACUAUGUACCCACGGGGGUGAGGGGGUCUACUAUGGUGUUAUUGUACUGCUAGAGGGUGUUGGACCCCCUGCACACCCAGGGUGCACACAAGGCUGCCGGGGAGGGGGGGGGGAGCAAAAUACCCGGGGCCCAGAGUGCUCAGAGGCUGGGGCCCGGAAAUGUCGGUAAAAUGUUCAUAUUGUUUAUCAUCGCUUUAUGUUUGUCCUAAAUGAAAUACACCUACUUGCACACUAUCCGCUGAUCGUCAUCAUCAAUCGUAAAAGGUACCAAGUGUGAAAUAAACAAUUUUUUGAUCGUUUUCUCAGCAAAAACAGUUAGCUGAACAUCGUUCACAUUGCGUUUUUAUCAGUCAUGCGGCGAUUUCUUGCAAGUAAUUCGCUGGCAAUUCUCUUGUUGAUUGUGAUUAAAAAUAGCCAGCUGGAGAGUCGAGAGGGACAGGGGGCCCAUGUUCACCAAUCGUCAUUUUGUCCCGGGGCCCGUGGUUGGCUCUCGCCGGCCUUGGCCGUGCAUGCAUUCCAUGUAAACUCUACGCCGAAGAUACUCCAAUAUUUAACUGUAGGUAGUAUUGUAAUUUGCCAAACUCACGCCGGAUAUUUAAUCUUCAUGUCGUAUUUUCAGUCCAAGAUUGUUCCCAAUUUAACAUUAGUCCAGGGGCUUCUUGUGCUGGAAGUGUAUAGCUAGGUGUUUGAACAAGCCACUAAUCUGAUUGCUCUAAUGAAAAGGGCUUUGAUGGGUUUUCUCCUUCUAAACAGCCAAUUCUUCUGCCAAAUUAAGUGUUUAAAUAAGAAUUCUUUAAAUAUAUCAGCAAGGGUGGGUUGUAGCGAAGUAGUUGUAGUUCGCUACAAUUUUCAAGUAGCCAGUAGUUUUUGACUACUUUUUUAAAACAGUAGUUGUAGUUAUAGCGAACUACAUUUUGCCUAAAAGUAGCCAAGUAGUUGACUACUUUUCAAACAGCGAAUCGCUAUUCGCUACUUUUUAAAAUUGUUAGCAACCUGAUAGAAUAGCUCCAUGAUAUUGAAACACAGUUUGCUUAAAAUCAAUACUCAAUAGUCAAUUUGCACUCCUGAACACUGUAGUGCUUACAAAAAUGUUGCUUUGUGUUUACUAAUGGCUGUUGCUACUAGUAAGUCGAUUUGUUACACUGUAUAGAUUACAUUACAGCCUGAGUGAGUAGAUGCUCCAAAUAUAGUAAAACUAAAAAAUAUAGUGUAUUGAAAUAGCGAAAUAGUUCGCUACAUUUUUUAAGCAGUAGCUGUAGUCAGUAGCGAACUACCUUAGUUUGUUCAAAAGUAGCAGUAGUUGUAGCUGACUACAUAUUUUUGAAGUAGCUGUAGUUAUAGCGAACUACAAAAAUUUUGUAGUCAACCCACCCUUGUAUAUCAGUUGCUAAGGUUGGCAGGUCUGUAAUGCACCCUGGCUGCACACAGCCUCUGUCCCCCUAUCCCACCCCCCUUGCCAGCUUGCUUGUACACAUGCAAUUAAAAGAAAACCAAUUUAUAAGGACUAGUUAUUUUCUUUAGAAAUAACUGAGGCAUAUCAAAUACUUGGACAUGUUGAGAGCAGGAAGGUUUAUGACCACAAAGUUGGUUCAUAUUUUGUAUUACGAGGAUCUGCCAAGAAAGAAUCAAUACGUCCAGUUUGGAGACUGCUUGAUGACAGGAUUGUGAAUAUUGAUGCGAGAAAUAUAAAACAGGUUAAUUUAAUGUCUUCUAAUUUUAUGUGUAUUCUCUGAACUAAAUUAAACCAUCUAAUAGUUUAUGUAGGACAAUCUCCAGUCCUUUAGGACCAUGCAUCUUUGAGAGAUACCUAAAUUCAUUGAGAAAUGUGUGUUGGGUUGCACAAUAUAACUUUCAACUUACAUGUAUAUGGCAAAUUUGUCACAAUUUUAAUAAAAAAACACAUAAAAGGAAGAUCAUUUUUUCAAAUUGAAUGCUUUGCACAUUUUAUUCUUUUUACAAUCAUGGCUUAUUUUUGGGUUUAUUAAUUAAUACAUGUCAAAAAUUACCAUAAAACAUUAAAACCACAGGAUGAUACACUACAAGACAAAAUAUUUUACAGUGUAUGUAAAUUUUAGCUGGCCUUAAAAGGGUGAUUUUCAAAAUUUUCUUUUUCAAAAUUAACUUUUUACUUGUAGUGUGAGUCCUUCAUCUGUCAUCUUUCAUCAUUAAGUAGUAUUUUGGGCGUGCCAGUUCGAGUGACAAACAUCUGUAGAAAAUCUUUGAUCCGUGGUAUUCCAGCCAAUGAAAUGCGAACCGUGAUGCUACUCAGACAGAUAUGUAAUGGUACAUUAUCAGGUUUAACUGGAUCAUCAACUCUAACUUUCUUACCAUCUGAUAUGCAGUGUGGGCGCUACUAUAUCGAUGCUUACCAGUUUGGGUAAUACAUUGUUUUACCUUGUUGCAUUAAGGUACAUUAAUUACACGCUGUGAUUUGGCCAAUUUUAGGUUUUGGUAAAUGUUAAUGAUUAAUUAAUAUUUUCAGUUGGUGUUGUCAUAUAUUUUUCAGAUAUUAUUAAACUGCAUCGUGUAUAAACGUACCCUUAUUAUAGGCUUGAGUCAGCCACGUAUUUGAUUUAUAAUUUUUCGAUCUUGAAAUAUAUUUAAAUAAGUAUAUGUUUUAGCUUUCCAUUACGCUUAUAUAACGGCUAAGUUAAUGAGCCCCCUCUCUAAUAACCAAUCCCCAGACCAGCACAGAGGUGAAAAUAUGCGAUUCUGACUAACAUUUUUUAUCGGACUCGUACUUGCUUAUUUUCUCUCCACAAGGCAUGAAAAACAUGUCAUUCAAUAGCUAAAAGCCUGAUUUUCCGAAUAUGAAAAAAUUUGUUCUUAGGUCGCGUACUAAUUCACGUACAAUAGCGCGCUGAAGUUCGAUCACAUUUUUUUUAUACAUCCUCACCUGUAUAUGCUCACUUGUAUCCCUAAUUUUUAUCUUCAGAAAUUAAUUUUUAGUGAAUGUGAAGAAUAUCUACCCCUUGUGCUUUAUGAUUCGAAGCACCAAAACGACGUCUUUUUAAGAUUUUGAAAAACCUAAUCUAAAAAUUUGGAAUUAUAAAUUAUUGAAUAUAGCUAAAGCCUGUAUUUUGCAUUUUUCUUGGUAUCAGAAACGUUAGUGAUCUUAUUCCGUACACGAUUCCUUCAUUGAUGUUCGCGCCAACUCCCCACAUUGGACGCAACAACGUAUUGUUUUUAAAUGGACCAACCUAUGCAUACAAUGGCUUGCAUGUUGACCACAUAUCAAAGGUACAGUAAAUCUUUCAAAAGGUCUGUAAAUAUUAUUAUACAGGGUGUAUAAAAAAAAUCAAAAUGUACACCCUUUCAAAUUCAAAUUAGCCAUAACUUUUAAAUAUUCGUUGCUCUGCAGUAACACAGAAUACUACAGUAAACUGGCCCAUUCUAUAUCUUAUGCAAACUUGAAUAAUGCUUCAUAAAAAUAAAAACUCAAAAAAUAAAAACUCAUUAAUAAUUCAGGAGGAAACACAAAGAAAAAUCAU